UUCCAGAAUGAGUAGCUCAGAGGAGUUCGGAAGCUCAAGCUCACCCGUCAACAAGAAGUUCCGGGGCGUUCGCCAGCGAAAAUGGGGGAAGUGGGUGUCGGAGAUCAGGGUCCCGGGCACGCAGGACCGCCUCUGGCUCGGCUCCUACGCCACCGCCGAGGCGGCCGCGGUGGCCCACGACAUCGCAUCGUAUUGCCUGCGUGGGGGCACGUCCUUGGACGGGCUUAACUUUCCUCACGUGAUAAGUUCCAAGGUGAGGACUGAUCUGUCCCCCAGGUCGGUGCAGAAGGCUGCGUCCGACGCUGGGCUGGCGAUUGAUGCUCAGUUUGCGAUCCAAAAGUCGUCGGAGGAUGGCUCCGGAGGCGGCAGGAGAGCUCAGGGUGGGGAUCAGAUGGAGGUUUGGGGGAAUGCGGAUGAUAAUUAUGGAGCUUCACGGCAGGGGAGUGAGUUCAGAGGAGAAGAGGCAUUGAGCAUCUCCAUUGAUGAUUACCUCUAAAAUCCUACCAAUAAUACGAAUGUACAUAUAAUAUCCCGAGCAAAUUUUAUCCGAUCGGUUUUAUUUGGAUAGAGAGUGGUAUGUUUUGUAAUUUUUUUUAAAAAAUUAGCAUAUUAGUUUGUAAUACAAAAGUCAUGGAAAUGAAAACGGGAUGAUGUUUUCACACCCUGUGUGUUCUUGUUGUCUUUUGAUGGAAGCAAACGGCUAGUAUUUCGUUCAAAUUUUCUCCUCCCGUCCAGCGAAUCGUAUAAUGCCAUGUGGAUUGUUCAAGGGUAUUUUCGUUAUUUCAUUGUGGUAAGGAGACCACGUGAAUUACUAUUGUAGCCUGCUGCGGGUGGACAAUGGUAUGUUAUGUCUUCAGUCUUCACACCGUGUGCGCUCAUGGUGUCUCUUGGUGGAAGCAAACGGCUACUGUUUCGUUCAAAUUUUCUCCCCCGUCCAGCGAAUCGUAUAAUGCCACGUCGACGGUUCAAGGGUAUUUUCGUAAUUUCUGAGUGGUAAGGAGAGCACGUGAAUUACUAUUGCAGCCCUGCUGCUGGUGGAGAGUUACAUCACCGUCCUCGCCGCGUCAAAGUCAAAGUUACUGACUGGUCCCCUUGACCAACUUAUAAUUUUUUAUGUAUCACACAAAUCCAUUCAUGAUUCA